GAUGGUUCCAAAAAUCUCAUCUCCUGAUCCAGUCGAUAAGCAACAGCUUCUUGUAAUUACAAUAUAUCUCCACAAGAUCUCAACAACAAAGUUCGUGCAAUGGCUUCACCAAGCUUAAACUUCCGCUGCGCGCUUGUUACCGGCGGCGGCGGAGGCAUCGGAAAAGCGCUCUCCUCCUACCUCAUCUCGCAGGGCAAAAAAAUCAUUAUCGCCGGCCGCACCGAGUCCAAGCUCAAGGAUUCCGCUCGCGAGAUUGGCGCUGCAGCCUACUACGUGCUAGAUACGGGUCUCCACCCUGAUCUGGACUGCCUGGUCAACAAUGCGGGUGUGCAGCGGCCGCUGAAGCUUGUGGAAGAGGAGCCGCAAGAGAUUCUCGCGCGAGCAGAUCAAGAGAUCGAUAUCAACAUCCGUGGCCCCAUGCAUCUCACGCUGGGGUUGCUGAAGCAUUUCAAGAACAAGCCUGACGGUGCUCUCAUCGUCAAUGUCUCUUCCGUGCUCGGGUUCGUGCCCUUUGCGGUGAUCAAUCCCAUCUACGGCGGAUCGAAGGCAUGGCUCCAUUUCUGGAGCAUGAAUCUUCGGACGCAGCUGUCUAAAGGCAGGUUUGAGAAGGUGCAAGUGGUGGAGAUCGCUCCUCCUUCGGUGGCAACGGACCUCCACCGCGAACGGGAUGACCCGUAUAACAAUAAGAAGGACAAGAACCCCAGUGUUCUAUCAGUGGAAGAGCUCAUGGAGGAAGUGAGUGCGAAGUUGGAGCGUGGCGACGAGGUAAUUGCACCAGGCAUGAGUGCCGAUAUUGUACGGCAGUGGUAUGAGCAGUACGAAGGCUUCUACAAUGAGAAGGCUGCCUGA